UGACUCCUGCGUGAGUUACAAGACGACCCGGAGCUCCGAAAUAAACCUCACCUCGUGCGUUUGCAUCAAGUCGGCUCCUCGUUUUCCUCUGAGGUGCGCGUCUGCCUGGGUAGAGGAAAGCUUCGCCUUUCAUUUGGGGGCUCGUCCGGGAUCAACGACGAACACCUCAGGAAACGAUGACCCCUUGGAGAACUCUGCUGCCCUCAUAGGACUAGUCAAAUCCCUGAUGUACUCCCAUCAGCCCACAUGGGACGACUGUCAGCAGUUACUUCAAACACUUUUCACCACAGAGGAGCGAGAACGAAUCUUCUCGGAGGCACGGAAAACCCUACAGGAAGGCCAACCAGGCCAACCCCCUCGAACAGGAAUGGAAGUGGAAGCGUUGUUCCCAGCAGCGCGACCGCAAUGGGACUAUAAUACAGCAGCAGCACGCCUAAAAGCGUUGGAAGUAGUUAGAAAAGAAGUUUGGGAACAGUUGAAGAACCUCUACGACCCGGGCGAGGUGUCGAUGCCCCAUUCGUUCCAGGUCGGAGACAAAGUUCUGAUUAGACGACACCGAUCAGAGACGCUCGAACCUCGGUGGAAGGGACCGUAUGUGGUAUUGUUAACAACUCCCACCGCUGUAAAAGUCGAUGGGAUUACUGCAUGGGUACAUUCAGCGCAUGUAAAAAGGGCACCUAGAGAUAUACAAAAGGAUGAUUGGGUGGUGGAAAAGACUGAUAAUCCUCUUAAGCUUCGUGUGUUUCGGAAACCAAAGCGAAACACCUAGGGAAAAUCUGUUGGUGGGACUAAUCCGAGAUUUCGGGAAGGCCCAAAAUGCAACCAGUAUCACUGCUUGUUUACCAUUACCACAAGCAGCUGGGGAGCCUAUUCCGUGGGGUAUAAUCCCGGCGGGACCACUACCAAAAUAUAAAAAUAAUGUAUCCCAAUUUUGUAAGAGUGUGCCCCGAACUAGGACUGGGGUAGGUCGGCGAUUUAUCAGGACACGAAAAUCACAGUGGAAAAUCAGGAAGGAAGACUGCAAACGAAAACUUAAUUCUGAAUAUAAAAAGGGAGGGAUCCAUUCUGUGGGGACGUGUUAUUUUGAUGAGGAAAAACAAGUUACAGUAACUACCACUGAAACUUACUCUGAAGUGGUAUGUCAGAAUAUCACACAAUUAGACCCCAAGGUCUGGCAAUCUAUCUGGGGACCCGCUAUUGCAGAAACUUUUAGCUACAUAGGACCAGUAAACUGGUGUGUGCAGUUUCAAGGAAAGCAGGAUCAACGCUAUACACACACUUUUCAUGAAAUGACUUCUAAAAAAAACGAUUGUGGAACACACACAUGGGUGGAACUGUACCAAAGUCCUCAACUGUGACACCCCGGAGAGGGAAAUAGGGAUUUUCCCCGUCCGUUAUCUGCUUAAGUGGGGAUGUGAAUGUCGAGGAUACAAACAUACCCUGCCACCACAUACUAAAGGUGGGUCAGAUGGGGAAAUGCUUAACUGCAAAUAUACUACAAUCCAGAGUCCUGGAAAUUUAGUAUGGGUCACUAACGAACGGAAAUGGACCACACAUAUUUCCAUUGAUGGGCCUAUUAAUCAAAUUACCCUAGGGGUGCCCACACUGUGUCCCUACUGGAAAAAGUCUGGAGAAAAAGAACUUAUACCUCGAAAGAGGAGGGAUGUAAGUAAAGAAGGCGAGGAAGCCCCCAGUGAUGAAUGGCAGGAACCAAAAACUGCGGUAAAAAUAGGGUGGGCAAUUGAAUCCAUAUUUCCCCAAAUCGCAUCAUAUAGAAAUAGGGAGAUGCUUGAUAAAUUGUUGGCACAAACCGAGCGAUUAGCGGCUGUUACUAAAAAGGGAUUUAAAGAUAUGAAUUUCCAACUCCAGGCAACUAGCAAAAUGGCUCUGCAAAAUCGGAUGGCCCUUGAUAUGUUACUAUUAAAGGAACAUGGGGUUUGUGGGUAUCUAAAAAAUAAAAUAAGCGACUGUUGUAUACAUAUCCCAAAUGUUACAGAAGCUGUAGAAAACGAUAUUAACAAAUUACAUCAGAUAGAGGAAAAAACAAAAGGAAUUGAAGAGGAAGCCCGAAGAAAUUGGGUAGGGGAAGUAUUCAAUUCCCUAGGAAUACAUAUUGCUGAGUGGUUAUCUUCGUUAAUCCAAACUGUGAUAAUUACUAUUAUUCUUAUUGGUAUAAUCUUUAUUUCUUAUAAGUGUGUUUUAGGACUGUGCCUAAAGGGGUGGAAGAAGACUCCAAAAUGACAUCCAUAAUGUUAUAAGCAUAGAAUAGAAAUAUAAUGUUAGUAAGUGUUAGUCCUGACCACUGGCCUGGCCUCUCCAGAAAUUCUAAGAUUAGAAAUGUACAAAAGAAAAAGAGGGGAAUGAGAAGAGGCGAAACUGAGAAGAGGCGAAACAAACAAAAUGGAGUACGGCCUGCACACUAUGAGAACAACAACCGCCUCAGCGAAAGUGCAGUCUCAUUGAGACCGCUUCAUUUCCAAGAAGCAGAAGUUAAAAACAUUUCCUAAAAAAAGGCUGCGGCCUGUGGUUAUCAGGAGAGGCCAGACCGAGGGUCAAGAGCUUGUAACUAUUGUUUGAACCCUAUAUCUGUUGUGUGGCGUGUAAACCCUAUAAAAACCCUUUCCUACUGAGCACCAGGGUCGACUCCUCUGACUCCUGCGUGAGUUACGAGACGACCCGGAGCUCCGAAAUAAACCUCACCUCGUGCGUUUUCAUCAAGUCGGCUCCUCGUUUUCCUCUGAGGUGCGCGUCUGCCUGGGUAGAGGAAAGCUUCGCCUUUCACUUCAUCAUGAGAGCAAGCAGUGAAGCAGUGAGAUAGGGUUUUGUAGGACAUACCAAAGAAAGUCUACAGCAAAAGAAGCGUCUUGCCGGCCCAGGAGACUGGAAGUGUGGAAAGGCAGUCUCUUCUUCCUGUUUUGAAGUAUCCUGCCAGUUAGAUAACAUGCAAGGUAGCAGUAAGAAGGCUCAUGAAUAAACACUCUCCCCACUGCCUCCCACCAUGCGUCCAGGUAUAGCUCUUGACCACAUCUAACUCUUGUCAUACUGAAAGCUGGUACCUGUUCUCUCUGUCCCUCCACUGAGGGGAGGAAGAUGUCCCAGGCAGAGGAGAUACAGAUUUGUGGUCUGUCAGGAGGCUGUGCUGAUCAGCUCUUCUGCAUCCAUGAUGGACAGCUGGCAGUGCAGCCUGCCCCAGGGUGUCCUGCUGCUCAGGAGUGCGUAUCUACCCUGGGACUGAGGGAAGCAGUGCAGAUCUGGACCAGUGCAGGAGGGAAUCGAGCCUCCUGCUCGAUUGAACCACGUGGAGGAAACUUGGAGGGCUCUGAGGCUCUCUCUGCUGUCAGUGAGCAGGCAGCCAUGUGGACCGCGGUGAGUUUGCUGUGCUGCUUAGCGCUCGGGGGACUGCCGCGAGCCGGCGGCUCCUGCCCCUCACAGUGCAGCUGCGCCUUCCACAGCCUCAGCGAAGGAAGCAAAGCCAGGACAGUGCUAUGUAAUGACCCAGAGAUGACCCUCACUCCUGUGAACAUCCCUGUAGAUACAUCCAAGCUUCGGAUAGAGAAGACAGCCAUCCGCAGAGUGCCAGGAGAGGCCUUCCAUGGGCUCCAUAACCUGGAAUACCUGUGGAUGCCCUAUAACUCUCUUGCCAGCCUCAGUCCAAUCACCUUCAAGGGCCUUCGUCGCUUGCAGGAGUUAAGGCUGGAUGGGAAUGACUUAAUAUCAUUCCCCUGGGAAACCCUGGCUGACAUGCCACAGCUAAGGCUCCUGGAUUUGCACAACAACGAACUUACCUCAAUCCCUCCAGAUGCUGCUCGUUACAUCAAGAAUAUCACAUACCUGGACAUAUCUAGCAAUAAGCUGAUGACUCUUCCUCAGGCUCUUAUUGCCACCUGGGCCAACCUCCAGGCUGUUCCUUACUUCCCCAACGAUAACUCCAAGAUCAUCCUAGGCUUGCAAGACAAUCCUUGGGUAUGUGACUGCAGUCUGUAUGAAAUGGUCCAUUUCCUAAACUUCCAGUCUCCUAACAUAGCGUUCAUUGAGCCCAGGCUGAAAUGCUUCACUCCCCGGAGCCUGGCAGGAGUCUUCUUCAGCCAAGUUGAGCUAAGGAAGUGUCAAAGCCCUGUUGUCCAUACCUCCGUAGCCAAAGUAAAGACCAUCCUGGGCAGCACGGUGCUACUGCGGUGUGGGACAACAGGAGUGCCUGUCCCUGAGCUCAGCUGGAGAAGAGCUGAUGGUGCUCAACUGAAUGGCACAGUUCACCAAGAGAUUUCCAGUGAUGGGAUGAGCUGGUCUAUUCUGGGCCUGCCUGUAGUCUCUUAUCUUGACUCUGGAGAGUACAUCUGUAAAGCAAAGAAUUUUCUGGGGGCGACAGAGGCAUUCAUAUCUCUCAUCAUCACAGACUCAGAAAGCACGGAUGACCCCAGCCCUAACCAAGCCAAAGGCGUGUGGAGCGGGAAGGCCAGCGCGAUGGAAGCGGCUGCCUACAAUGACAAGCUAGUGGCGAGGUACGUUAUCACAACCUCCACCGUGCCUACCCUGGGGGCUGGAGCGGCCACUGGAGAGGGCCUGCUCCCAGAUGUGGCACAAGACAACCCCAGAAACCUGCUGGUGAGCCCAGCUACUGGCCAGCAGGAGCCGGAGCGGAUGGUCAGAUCUGUCAGGGUGAUCGGAGACACGGACCAGAGCAUCACCCUGGCCUGGAAGGCGCCUCUGGCAAAGAACACAACGGUGUUCAGCGUCCUCUACGCCGUCUUUGGAGAGAGAGACAUGCGGCGGAUCAACGUGGAGCCAGGGAAGACCAAGGUCACCAUUUACGGGCUGCUGCCAAAGACCAAAUACAUCUCCUGCGUCUGUGUGAAAGGGCUGAUCCCCAGGAAGGAGCAGUGCAUCAUAUUUUCAACAGACGAAGUUGUCAGCGCAGGAGGGACCCAGAAGCUCAUCAAUGUAGUUGUGAUCAGCGUGGCCUGUGUCAUUGCUGUUCCUCUGACACUAGUGGUCUGCUGUGGAGCGCUGAAAAGGCGCUGCAAAAAGUGCUUUGUGACGAAACCCAAGGAAAUUCAGGAAUCCUAUGUCACUUUUGAGACCCUGUCUCCAGGGGCCAAGGCAAAAGGUGUGGAAGGAGAAUACUUGACUAGACAUACUCCUGAUGAGUCAAACAGGCUGCUGUCUGCUCGAUCCAGUGUGGACUCUGAAGCAAUACCAAAGACAGAGGGGCAACCUAACGAAUACUUUUGCUGACAGUAACUAGGCUGAUUGGAAAGCACAUGGCUGCAUACACGGCUCUGCUCUAGCACUGCAGGCCACCUAGUCAGUGGUUCUGUCUGUGACACAUUCUGGAGGAGGAUGCAGCAGGGCAGAUGCUGUCUGAGCUUUACAGAAACACGUUGCUAAUCCCACUUGGGGUUUGCUGUUUUGUACCCGGUGAAAGACUUCUGUGAUAAUGGCCUCGUUCUCCUAGACCACUUUUAUUUUCAUAAAGCUAAGUGUGCACACUGAGUGUGAGGACAUUAAGCAACAUUUCUGAGUGUGCUCUGCUUGAUGUUGUUUGGUACAUGCGCUGCAAUAUGCUAAGUAUUUUAUUCUCAGUUCUCUGGUUGGCAAACAUGGGAGUGUUCGUAGAAUCACAGAAUGGUAGGCGUUGGAAGGGACCUUUAGAGAUCAUCUAGUCCAACCUCCCUUCAGAAGCAGGUUCUCCUAGAUCAGGUAAAUAUCUAUGAACGUGAAGAUUGAGAGUCUCACCUUCUACAUCUCCCAUGUUUGCAUGAAACAUGUGGCUUGAUGCUCAACAGAUCAUUACACACAAAUAUACAGCAGCCCUUUCUAACAACUCUGUUUUCUGAAUUCAGAGAAAUGUGCAAAAGAGAGAGAAAUCAAGAGACAAAACCCAAUCUACUCCUAACAAACCAUCAGAGAGAACGUUUUGUGGUUGUAUUUUGGCUCUGAACACUUUUCUUUUUCAAGAGCACCGCACAGGCCUUCCGGUAUCAGGCCUAGCUGGCAUUUUCUAGCUGCAUUGUGAUUAAUAGAGUAUGUUUUAUAUCAGCUGUGCUACUUAAAGUCUUACAAGAGCCUACUCUGCAAAUUGUGUGUAGUGUUGUAAUUCUUUGUAAUCAUACUGAACCCCCCACAUUAGACGCUUCUGCAGAAAUCUCCCAGCCCAGCCCUGUCAUUGCUGCAGGCUCUCCUGACAAAACUGGUGGGGAAGACCACAGGGCUCAGCCAGGGACUGGUGGUUUGGUCAUGAAAACACCUGUCUCUGCAGAGCAGGGCUAUGUUAUGCAGUCAGCCAUACUUCCACCAUGGUAUCAGUGGUGUCAGAGGCUCAGCUCAGACUUUUGGGUUUCAAACAUUUUACAAGUUUAAGAAUCCUGAAGAGCAACCUAUUUUAUCUAAAUUAUUUAUCUAAAUGUCUUUUUUAGCCAGGAUCAGCUAAUCAUUUAUUCAAGUCCUGCAGCUCCACUGGAAUUUGGAUCUGAGUGCAUAUCACAAAGCACUUCUCAUCUGUGUAAUUCCCCACUCAAGUCUCUCAGGCAGUGGUACUGUAUGUAUUAGUUUUUCUCUUUGUAAUAAAUGCUUUUCAUGAAGAAAAUGGUACACGUUCUGCCAAAUGUUGAAUGGGAGAGAUUCAGCCAAGUUGAAAUGAUAACUGCUUGCUAAAUUGUUUUGAAAUGUGUAUUUGUACGUUUAUUGGAGGGAUCUCCACUCACAUUCUGGAUGUGUUUAUAUAUUGUGGGUUAUCAAACUUCACUAGUUGAACGGAACCCUGGGUGGAUUUUGCAAGACCUCCUUGUACAGAAAGAGUUUCAGUUAUUGGCUAUGUCAGAUUACUUGACCUGAUGGAAGAAACAAGGCAUGUGAUUUUAACAGAAAUGCUAGCAACAGAAAAGACAAUAGUUUCUCAUAGGACUCCUUGUAUUCUUUACAUUAGUGAUUAAGAACUUCUAUUGGGAGAAUUUAUCAAUCCCUGUGUAAAACAAUCCUAUCACUGGCCUGCAUAGAUUUUUAGGGUUACAAAUACUGGUUUUCAAAAAUAUGUAUUUUAAUACAACAAAAUAAUUUAUGACCUAUGUAGUAACAUAUCUGUUAUUUAUACAGUUGCAUUUCCCAGGACUGUUUUUAGAGUCUCUCUCUCCAAGGUAGAACAAAAGUAUUUUUUCAGCAGCAAUUUUUGGGAUUGCUGUAUUAUUGAGCCUGAUUCCUGCCCACAUCUGCAGCAGCAUCCCUGGCCUGUACAGAAAUCAGCCUGGCGUGGCCCUGGAUGGAUAAGCCAGCCCUGGAGAAUUGAGGCUGUCCCAAAGCUCUCCUGUGGUGACCUAGUGCCCAGGGACUUUCCUGUAAGUCACUUUUGCAGGAGCUGAGUGGGAACGAGAGGGAUUUACCUUUCAGCUGCCUGGAGGCACAAACAGAAACUGCAUUGGUGCCUGCUCUGGCACAUGGGCUGUGAGACAGCAGUGGAAAUGGAGAAGGCACUGGCUGGGCAGCCCUGUGCCUGCUGGGCAGAGAGGAUGGAGAGGUUGUCCUGUGACAUUCACUGUGGAUGUGUGAAGUUUUACAGACUCUGUUGGGUAUUUUUUACACUUUGAAUAAAUAACGAUCUCAAGUAGAACAAGCAUGAUUUUUCCGUUUCCUUUGGCUAUUCUCACUGUCUCAUAGGUGAAGCAUCAGAACUGCUGCUGCUCCAAAACAAACCUGUCUCUCUACUACACUGGCAAUUCACACAAGGAAGGCUGUAGAGAGGAACAUGUAUAAACUCUGUGUUGUCUGGUGUUGGCCAGAAGAGAAACUCUAUACUUGCUCAGCUGCAGGUGAAAUUUCAAACCAUUAAGUGAACCAGAUGUGACUUCAGUGUUUGGAUCAGAUUUUCAGUGAUAUGAGGCAUGCAAAGAUGAACACCUCACUGGAUUUGUAGUUGUUUUAACCAAAGGGGUCUGAGGUACCUUGUUUAAGCAGGGUUAGCUCAGGCAAGGUUCGCCCUCUGGUCAUGAGCUAUGUGAAGGGGUCUGGCUCAGAGUUCAGGCAAGGAGAAUAUCCAUCCCUGGAAAUAAUUUCUUACUUGGUUAAAGUCAAUCCUUGGACAUAUGUGUGCUGUGGGGACUGAAACAAACAUCUGAAUGUCUUUUGGAAUUACUACAUUGCCAGCAUUUUAAAGAUAUCAUUUUUUU